UCGUAUGAUGGUCAGUAUCGCCACUUGCUUGUUUUUUACACUUACUAUUUGUGGAGUCGGUUAUGGACGAAACUACAUAAGCGAUAGCGAUGGCGAGUGUAAUUCAGCCUAUUGUUCGUGCGGUCCUUACCGCUUGAGGAUGAAGAAACGUUCUACUUCAGAGUUGGUGAACGUCAGCUCUCUAUUUGACCGAAAAGUGCGUUCAGGGAAUACCACAUUGACCAUCGUUAUGAAUUCAACGUCGGCGCACAUAUCCUGGUUGGGUAUGUUCUUCUAUCCGUUUGGGCACAAUCCUGAAGAACCCUCGAAUGCUUGCAACUACAUUGUUGCGAGUACAGAUGCAGCAGCUGGUAUUGAGGUUUGCAAGGUUGUAACUCUGAAAGAGGCAUGUGAAGUGGCCAAUCGAAAACAAGGAGACUGCAGGCCCUUUGAUGAGAGUGCUGUCAAUACUCACUUCAACGCUGACUGUCAGAAAAAUGGCUCUCGCGUUGAUAUUAGAAUAUCUACCUGUCAGCACACAGUUUCUGGAAGUGACAGCGGUUAUGAAUCUCCCUUUAACGUGAAUUGGUGGCCUUUCUACGAAGGUCGUUUGUAUGCAGCAAUUGUUGGAGGAAACAACAAGCUAACUGGCAGUCAUUUAUACAAUUGUCCAGCAUACAGUUCUAAUUACACUGACAUUGAAGUAAUAUCUCAUGAUUUGGGCAAAAACAGCAACACUAACUACAGGAGUGUCCAGCAGCCUGAGAAGAGCCACCAACAAGUACAAUCUGUCGGCCUGUCUGUCUGUCUGUCUGUCCAUCUGUGCUGUCUGUUGUUUAUAUUUGAAAAUUUGCUUUUUGUGUCUUAAAGUUUAAAAUCAAUAAACAAUGUGUUUAUCCGUCUGUCUGUCCGAGAGCUAUUGAUCUCUUCCAGGGUUCA